UUCCAUGCUGUGAGUGAGGGGGCGCGUUGCUUGUGGCGUGCGAGCAAGAUGGCGGCGGCCAAGAGGAAGCGUGGAGCCGGGCCGGGUCCGAAGAAGAAACGUGCCAAGAAGGCUCCGAAAGAGGUGGAGGAGAAAGAGCCGUUCUCAGUGGCCAGUGCAGGGUCCGAGGAGCACCAAAUCCCUCCGCCUGUUUCGCAGGGCAAAUGGAGAAACAAAGAGAGAGUGCUUAUUUUUUCUUCCAGAGGAAUAGAUUUCAGGACCAGACAUCUCAUGAAAGACUUGCGAACACUGAUGCCCCAUUCUAAAGCAGAUACCAAAAUGGACAGGAAGGACAAACUUUUUAUAAUCAACGAGGUCUGUGAAAUAAAAAAUUGCAACAAAUGCAUCUUUUUUGAAGCAAAGAAGAAACAGGAUCUUUACAUGUGGCUUUCAAAUGCCCCUCAAGGUCCAUCAGCCAAGUUUUUAGUACAAAACAUUCAUACGUUGGCAGAGCUGAAGAUGACGGGCAACUGCUUGAGAGGCUCCCGCCCCCUUCUGUCUUUUGAUUCAACUUUCGACCAGCACCCACAUUAUGCAUUGCUGAAAGAGCUGUUUAUUCAGAUUUUUAGUACUCCACAGUAUCACCCCAGGAGCCAGCCUUUUGUAGAUCAUGUCUUCACGUUCUCGAUCAUAGACCACAGGAUCUGGUUUCGAAAUUACCAGAUCGUAGAAGAAGACGCCACUCUGGUUGAGAUCGGACCUCGCUUUGUCUUAAACCUUAUCAAGAUCUUCCAGGGCAGCUUUGGGGGACAAACCCUGUAUGAAAAUCCUCACUACCAGUCUCCAAAUAUGCAUCGGCGGGCCAUAAGAUUGGCCACCGCAGCUAAAUUCAGGGAGAAACAGCAGAUGAAAGAGCUGCAGAAGGUAAAGAGAAAGGAAGAGAAGACCCUCGUACCCGAAGACCCAACCGAGGCAGUUUUUGAAACACCAGCAGAAGAAAAGCCAGUGGAAAUCCAGCUGGUGAAACCAGACCCGAAACCCAGCUUGAAGAAAAAGAAGAACAAACUGUACCAACGACAGAGAAAGCUGAAGAAGAAGCUCGGUAGAACCGGAGCAUAGAAUGUCCCAAGAGAGGAAUAAGCCAGGACUUGAAAAAGCAGAGACUUUUGCUAUAGUUUUGUGGCUUAAUUUGUGUACAGCAACUUUUUAAAAAACUACGCUCUUGUCAUCAAUUUCGAAUUUUUUAGAACAAAUUUUUUUCAAAUAUUUUAUUAUUGUUACUGUUUUGUGGACCAUAAAAAAGCAACCUAUUCAUUAUAACUCUGUACGAAUUGUGCCACAACCAAAUUAAA